CAUCAUCAUCGCGACUCAGUACUGCCUUGAAGUACCAUUCCAUUUAUAAAUGCAACAAAUUUCUGAAAACUAUCAUUCUUUCGGAUAAAAAAAUACAAUUUUUUACCAUCCCACAUAAAUUUAUCACAUUUUCACCCUCAAGUUCCUUCUCAUAUCGAAAAUAGCAUCAAGAUUAACGAUGUUCUUGAUGCUCAAUUGGACAGAAUCGAAGGGGAUAAUCUUCGUCGCCAUCGAUCACAACAAAAAAGAGGCAAUAAAAGCUUAUCUAGGCUUUUUUUAGAGUCUCGAUGAUGUCCAGGGGAGAAAGCUUCAGCUGGGUUUCUUCUAAUUCUAUUUCUGCUGUUGUUAAGUAAAGAAUCCCCAAUUUUUGUACUGCCCGUUAUCAGAUCAUUUGUGAUUUUCAGAUUGAUUUGAUUAGAUAUUGGGCUUUUGGAUUGAGAAAUCAUGGGUAGUGCUUCAUCGAUGCUCACUCAAUAUGAUAUUGAAGAAGUUCAAGAGCACUGCAAUAAACUUUUCUCCCAACAGGAAAUAGUGUCCUUGUAUCAGAGAUUCUGCCAACUUGAUAGAAAUGCCAAGGGGUUUAUUUCAGCUGAUGAGUUCCUUUCAGUUCCUGAAUUUGCUAUGAAUCCACUUUCUCAGCGUUUGCUCAAGAUGGUUGAUGGCUUGAAUUUUAAGGAUUUUGUAGCUUUCUUGUCAGCAUUCAGUGCUAAAGCUAGUGUGCACCAUAAGAUUGAAUUUAUUUUCAAGGUAUAUGAUGCUGACUGCAACGGGAAGGUGUCUUUCAAUGACAUAAUUGAAGUGCUUCGGGAUUUGUCGGGUCCAUUCAUCUCUGACGAGCAGAGAGAGCAAGUAUUGUGCCAAUUAUUACAAGAAGCAGGCUAUACAAGAAACUCUCAGUUGACACUGGAUGACUUCGUUAAGGUUCUUGGUAAUUCAGGCAUAAAAAUGGAUGUAGAAGUUCCAGUCGACUAGUUGUUGAUUUGUGAUGUUCCAUUCAGAACUUAGACCAGAGUGUAUACAUCUGCUUCAGUUCAUCUGUUACAGAAGGUUGUAAUGGAAGACAAGAUUUUAUACUUUGUUUUCACAAACUGCCCUCUUCUUUUUCAUAAUUUGUAAAGACACUGUCAAUAAUGUUAAUCAAUGAUUUCCAUUUGUAA